AUAUAUAUAUACUUUGUUCACAAAACGAUGGAAGCCAUACAGUUUUGAUUGACAUGCAGGUGAAUAAAUAAUGCCAGAAUUUUCAUUAUUUGGAUUAGUUUCCCUUUUAUAUAUACUGAUUUGAAAACUGGGCAAGAGCUUAGGGGAGGAAGAAAAGAUGGGCUAUACCUCUCUGUCUUCCUUUAUUUUUCCAUAUCCCUUGUUCCUUCAGUCGGUUUGUUUCCCUCUGUUAACAAUUGUGUCGUCUGUCCCUGUGCACGCUGACCCAUUUUGAGUGCACUCUUCAGUUCUCACCCAGCCCAUCCUAGAGGUAUUUUAAGCAGACUCCCUCAACACCCAGCAACCUUGGGCCAAUGAAAUCUUUCAGUCUACACAUGUGUGAUACAUACUGCUGUGAAAGCAUGUCUCUGUUUGAAUCAGGUCGCCUCUUUCUCUAGCACUAAUUGACUCUAUUGAGUCUCGGAAAAAAAUAGCCAAUGUUUUGCCACUCCAUAAAGUUUAUUAGUGCUGUAUGGGAGGUUUGGGCCUUUGUGUGCACAGCUUUGCUAAGUGACAGUAGCCUGAACUCCCACAGUGUGUUUAUAUAUAGUACACAUAUCCUAUUUAAAGUAGUGUCAACUUCGUUAUUGAAACAACGAUCAGUUAUAACUCCACUUGCUGCCAUUUUAAGAUUUGCUCAGCUAAGUGGCACAGCCUGACAUGUCUUUUGGGACAUUAUAUAUUCCAGUCAAACGCCUCUUCUUUAUCGGUGUGUCUAUGAUUGGAUUAAGCCAGAGCUAUCUGCUGAGAGUAAACAAUGCUCCAUCUACUGCUGAUUGCAGCAUUUGAGAGUGAGUUUAUAAUAGUGUCACGAUAUAAAAAGAUUUGCUUGCUUGCUCUUUUCACAGUGUCAGAGCUGCUCCUUUCUGGUGACAGAUUUGAAAUACCAAAUCUUGGUUACUCUGCUGUUUUUGUUGGAGUGCACAUGCCUAGUCAUCUGUGCUUCUGUGUAUUUUUGUUCAGAUGGUUCCUGUUUCAGUCAGUUUGGUUCUGUAUGUGCUUGCCGUUGGUGUUCAGAAACUUGUUUGUUGCACUUUAUGUUCUAGCUGUGCAUGGAAAAGCUUCUCAAUACCAUUGUGCUUGUAGAUGUAAAGGCCAUUGUGUGUAGUCCCCUUAAGGAAACAUGACUAAAACAACCCGAACUGGGAGAGGAUGAUAAGACAAUAGGAUGCUCUGUGGUUAUCCGUUCCAGUCGAGAUGUCCCUGUAAGGCUUUUUUGGGUUGGACAAUGUAACCUUGAAUGCACUGCCGAGCAUUUCAACCUUGUUUUUCCACUUUUUUUCUGUGUGUGACUCUCAAACUGUCUCCCUUAGCGAGAGAUUACUCAUUCAUCACAAGGGUGUUAUAUAAAACACCAUGUUAAUUUAGUCCUCUGUUUAAAAUGGCCAUACCUGCAUUACUGAGGCGAAACUGUGCUGCAUCAUCUCCCCUCAGAGGUACCAGCCCACUGAGUCGUGUCAUUGCAUUUUACAUCUGUUCUCAAGACUAAUAGUCAAUCUGUCACUGACUUGGAGUUUUAAUCAGUAGGUUGGUGUUUCGUUGUGUCAGAAUGGGUUUGCUGCAAGUGGUUUAGAGCUCCUGCCCUCUUGAAGUUCACAGACGGUGAUGUUACGCACUUUUAAGUGCAGGAUGUAAUGACCACUGCAGUAUCAUUUGCGAGGGUGCUGAUGUCUAUUCUCUCUUCAUUUUCACUGCCGUCAUUGAGUGAUACAAAAUCCUGAAGAACUGCAUUGUAUGUCCUGAGGCAAACAUUUUGCAUUCAGUCAGACCUGAUGUUUUCAGGACAAUCUGAGCAAAUAAGCACUUUAUAGUUAAGUGUAAACAGCAGCAGGGUGGCACAUUAGGGCGUCAUAUCAUUUUCUUUAUGAUUAUGUGAUUAUUUUUUUAUAAUAGUAGGCUAACUAUUAAUUAAUACAAUUAUUAUUGAGUGAUUAUAAUAUAAGGUGAUUAUAAUUGCAAUAAUAGUUAUAGUAUUAUAUUAGUAAUAGUAAUAAUAAUCAGUAUUAUUAUUUAUAUUGUUAUUAGUGUUGUUAUUAUUCCUCAUGUAAAAACACCGUAAGUGCAAACUUGUGUAUUUGGAAUGUGUAUACUGUAUAUGCAUAGAUUUAUAUGCAAGGUUUUUAUUUUAUUUUCUUGACAGAGUGUUUUAGAGACUUGUGAGGACUGUGGGAAUGUUACACUGAGAAAUGAGAGUAUUUUCUGCAGUAUGUAUUUUCCCUGUGUGAUUUAUAUCUGAAUAAAUAUUGUCUCUGUAAAUCUGUGUUUGGCCUACCUUUGUAGUGUGAUGGUCUAAAUAAAAAAAAUAAAAAACAUGAUUAAUAAGACAAAUUAAAACUGUAAAGGAGUGGGUCAAAACGACAAAAAUGUGCCUUUUUGUGCCUUAAUGUUAUGUCGCAAUAAAAUAUCGGGCGCGCGCUUUUUCACGCUUUCUUAGCAGAGCGCGUGCGAUAUUAUGCGCGCUCCCGGCGAAAAUUCUGGGGGUACUUGCGUUUGAGGCGAAGAACUAGGACGCGCGUCUAGCAGCCACACUAGGCAGCUCUCCGCUAGCUUUACUGCUCGCACAAUAUCGGAAGGAGAGCGCAGAAACGCUACGGUGGACAGGUGAAGAUGGAGAAAGUCUUAGGACUUGCCGUGAUGUCCAGUAUGUUAUGUGUCGGCUCGGUUUUGGGGAAAUAUGUCAGAGGAAUCGUCAACACAAAAGAGGACUGGGUUUUCCUCACGAGGUUUUGCUUCCUGACUGAUUUCGGCCGAUUGAACUUCAAGUUCCGAUACCCCAAGUCCCGAUGCUGUCAGAACAUAUUGCUCUACUUUGAUGAAAGCUCUCAGUGGCCAGCUGUGUACAAACGGCCGGACAAGGAUUGCUACCAGAAAGAGUCAGUAUUGAGGCCUGAAAAUAAUCAGGUCAUCAACCUGACAACCCACUACACAUGGUCUGGAUGUAUGGUGGAAAGCGAAGGUAAUGAAGAGAUGCUGAAUUGUGUAGGAGGUCGAAGUUUUCGUUCUGUCAGAGAGAGAUGGUGGUACAUUGCGCUCAGCAAGUGUGGGGGAGAUGGGCUGCAGCUGGAAUAUGAAAUGACAUUAACCAAUGGACAGUCCUUCUGGACACAGCAUUUCUCUGCAGAUGAGUUUGGCAUCCUGGAGACAGACGUCACAUUUCUGGUUAUUUUCGCCACUGUGUUUACACUCUCUUGUUAUUUUGCUUAUAAUUUAAAGGGAAGACAGCUACUCCAUACAACCUAUAAGAUGUUUAUGACUGCGGCUGGAGUGGAGGUCUUAAGCCUGCUUUUCUUUUGCAUUUACUGGGGCCUUUAUGCCAGAGAUGGAGUUGGGAAUGGCAGCCUCAAGAUAUUAGGGAAAUUACUCUUUUCUGUGAGCUUCCUGAUUUUCUUGCUCAUGCUGAUUCUCCUGGGGAAGGGGUUCACUGUGACCAGGGCAAGAAUAAGUCACAGUGGCUCUGUGAAACUAUCGAUUUAUAUGACAAUAUACACCAUCACCUACAUCAUCCUCUUCAUAUAUGAAGCAGAGUUCUUUGAUCCAGGCGAGGUGCUGUAUGCUUAUGACAGCCCUGCAGGGUAUGGGCUAAUGGGUUUGCAGCUGCUUGCCUACGUAUGGUUCUGCUACGCUGUGCUGGUGUCCCUCAAACACUACCCUGAAAAACAACCUUUCUACAUCCCCUUCUUCACUGCGUACACUCUAUGGUUUUUUGCUGUACCAGUCAUGGCUCUGAUUGCCAACUUUGGCAUCUCUCGCUGGGCCAGGGAAAAGAUUGUGAACGGCAUCCAACUCGGCAUCCAUCUCUAUGCCCAUGUCGUCUUUCUGGCCAUCACGCGUCCAUCAGCUGCCAAUAAGAACUUUCCCUACCACGUGCGGACGUCACAGAUAGGAAUCCUUCUCUCCAGUCCUAAAGGCAUGGGGGCAGAAAGCUUCCCUCAUCAUGCUUAUGGGAAUAGCUCCUUCCUAGGAGACUCUCAGCCAAACUUCACAGAGCUCUUCUCCAUCCACUCAGACCCUGUGAAGACAAUAGAUGAGACAGUGGCUCGGAAGGGACAGGAAGUGCCAAGGAACAGCGAGCACAAGAUCAUCACCACAACAGCGGACUUGUCGUCUACAUUCGCCCCUGUUCCUCCUCCAAUACCACCACGCAGCUCCGCACACUCUACCCCUCCUCCUAGAUUAACGUCCCACUUCACCGAGUAUUUUAGUAUGCAAAGGGCCACAGGAAUGGGUCCCAAUGCCUAGAGCAGGCCAUAGAGGAACUGGCCAUGCGGAAACUACCUUCAGACAUCUAUGAGGUGGAAAAGAGUUCAAUAUUUCAAUAGAUUAGGUUAAGGCAAGCGUGAAAAAGUAAAGCCAUUUUCAAACAAGUUACCAAACAUCUAUAUCUUUGAAUUUGUAAAGAGAAGAGAGACAUGGGCAUAACCUGGACACACAGCUCCUAAAAAAAAAAGAAGCAAUAAAUAAUUCGCGGAGAUGAGAGAGAUCAUAUUCAAUCAGUGCAAUGGUGACAGGAGACAAUGGUGAAUCUAUAGUAUAGCUAUUUCAAGCUUAAUGUGGCAGUAGGCUAGUGAUGUACAGUAACAGUACAGUGAGCUCUUGACACAUUUUUUAAUUGUUCAUUUAAGUGGUGCAGUUAAUAUUUGUAUUUUCCAUGCCAUUUUAAUGCAACAGAACCAAGUAUCCAUCUCCUUCACAUUUUUUUUAUGUUUUUUGAGAAUGUAUGUACACAUUUUGUCUGUAAAGAUAAUUUAGGGUUUAUAUAUUUUUAUUCACAUUGAAUACAGCUAGAGACUUUGCAAACUGAUAUGCAAAGGCAAGUUGACUGUGGAACAACUAGUAUUUGUAAACCAUGCAUGUUUGUGCGUUGUCUACAUUCUGAUAUAUUCAAAGUCAUUUUGGGUGUGCCUAGUUUUCACAUCUAGUAGUCUUAUUUUUGUAUGCAGUACACACUGUUUACAGUCUUAGUAUGUAGAGAAUAUUUAUGGCAAGCAGAUGAUGAAUGAUGACGUUCAUCUUCAUCCCAGUCUUUCUGUAUUGUCCAUUCCGUGCAGGGCUGCAUGGAGUUCAAAACUGAGUUCAGAUUCAAUUUCUGCAAACUUUGUUACACAUUUGUAUAUUCAAUAAGUGGAUAUGGGGAUAAGUGGAUUUUCGUUCUGUCAGUGAGUAGAAAUAGAUUCAUUCAGUCUGCUGGGAUUAUCAUUAGGUUUGUUUACUUAAGUGUAUGAUGAAAAUAUAGCUCUACUACAGAAACACUUUGUAUUGACUGCAUGGAGCACUUUACUGUUUUAAACACUUAUUUCACAACCAUUAGAGAGACCCUUGAACAUGCAACCGUAAUGCAAUACAGUAAAAGACAGAUAUACAGAUAAAAUGCGAAGGUUUUAUCUGUACAAUAUUCAUUAUCAUUACUGUAUUUUUUUUGUGGGUCAUGUUUGUGUUAUAGAUCAACAUAUCCUAUAUAAUCUCCAUCUAAAAUUGGCCUGCUUUAAUUGUAAUCCUAUAACUCUACAUAUUAAUGACAUUUAUAUUAAAUUUUUUUUUUAAAGACAAGAACUUUACUUGAAGAUUAAUUAAAUAUAGAGUCCUGUGGUUUGAUUUUUAAUGGAUGUACUUUGGGGCUUAAGCCAUUUCUUUAGUAAAUACUGAACUUGUUCUGUCUGGAGGGCACCGGAAAAAGUGAUCUUAUAAGGCUUUGCCAUGAUUUUUCCUUCUCCUAGGUGAGUGUGCACACCUAGAAGAGAAGAGAUAGCACACUUUUUGAAUAUAUGAUAGAUAUUAGCACAUCACAUUGGGGAGCACAGAAAGAUUGAGUUAAGCACAUUUCUGUUGCACUGUUCAUACUGAAUGCAUUUUAAUAGUGUCAAAUGACUUGGCAGUGCAUAUCCUUUUUGCCAAAUUAAAAUGGUCUGUUUUACAA